GGGCGUGGGCACUGGAGGAGUUCCAAGCCCGAGCUGAGGAGGGGGCGGCGGCCGCGGGCGGGCACCCUUCGACUGGGCGUUGCCGCUAUUCCCUGCGCGGCAUGGAGGGGACGGCUGUGGCCGUGUUCGAGUUGCUUCUGCAGGAAGCCUUUUUGGUGGCGUGGUCCUCAAGAAGUUCCUAAAAGAAAUACAGUCCACACUGCCCGGAAUCUCUGCAAAGCUGACUUGGACUUCAGAGGAAGGCAGCUAUCCUCAGGAUAUGACAGGGGUAACACCCUUCCAGAUGACUUUUGAGGUUGAUGAAAAGCCCAGAACCUUGAUGACAGAUUGUCUGGUUAUAAAGCAUUUUUUACGUAAAAUCAUCAUGGUGCACCCUAAGGUCAGAUUUAAUUUCAGUGUAAAAGUAAAUGGAAUCUUCUCCACAGAGAUCUUUGGGGUAGAGAAUGAACCCAUUUUGAACCUUGGGAAUGGAAUUGCUCUUGUGGUCGACUCUCAGCAUUAUGUGAGUAGACCAAAUUUUGGUACAGUUGAAUCACACUGCAGCAGAAUUCACCCUGUGCUAGGACAUCCAGUAAUACUUUUCAUACCUGAAGACGUGGCUGGCAUGGACUUGUUGGGAGAACUGAUGCUGACUCCAGCAGCUGCACUGUGUCCCAGCCCAAAGGUUUCUUCCAACCAGCUUAAUAGGAUUUCUUCAGUUUCCAUAUUUCUAUAUGGACCUUUGGGUCUGCCUCUGAUAUUGUCAACUUGGGAGCAGCCAGUGACUACUUUCUUCAAAGAUACCUCUUCUUUAAUUGAUUGGAAAAAAUACCAUUUGUGUAUAGUACCCAAUUUGGAUCUCAAUUUGGAUAGAGAUUUGGUGCUUCCAGAUGUGAGUUAUCGGGCGGAAUCCAGUGAGGGGGAUCAGUCUCAGAAUAUGGACUCUCAAGGACAAACUCUGCUGCUUUUUCUCUUUGUGGAUUUCCACAGUGCAUUUCCAGUCCAGCAAAUGGAAAUCUGGGGAGUCUAUACUUUGCUCACAACUCAUCUCAAUGCCAUCCUUGUGGAGAGCCACAGUGUAGUGCAAGGUUCCAUCCAAUUCACCGUGGACCAGGUCUUGGAGCAACAUAACCAGGCUGCCAAGGCUCAGCAGAAACUACAGGCCUCACUCUCAGUGGCUGUGAACUCCAUCAUGAGUAUUCUGACUGGAAGCACUAGGAGCAGCUUCCGAAAGAUGUGUCUCCAGACCCUUCAAGCAGCUGACACACAAGAGUUUGAGACCAAACUGCACAAAGUAUUUCGUGAGAUCACUCAGCACCAAUUUCUUCACCACUGCUCAUGUGAGGUGAGGCAGCUAACCCUAGAGAAAAAGGACUCAGCCCAGGGCACUGAGGACGUACCUGAUAACAGCAGCCGGGAGCUCCUAGCAGGUACCAACGGGCAAGCAGAAAACAAGAGGCUCAAGAGGGGCAGCCUCCGCAUGGAGGAGAUGCGAGCUCUACACUCCGCCAGGGCCCCGAGCCCGUCAGAGGCCGCCCCGCGCCGCCCGGAGGCCACCGCGGCCCCCCUCACUCCUAGCGGAAGGGCGGCCCUCAAGGCUCACGGCAGAGCCCUGGCACCGGGCAGGGUGAGCCUUGGGAGCCGCCUGGAGGACGUGCUGUGGCUGCAGGAGGUCUCCAACCUGUCGGAGUGGCUGAGUCCCAGCCCUGGGCCCUGAGCCGGGUCCCCUUCCGCAAGUGCCCAAGGAUCCGGAGGCUGCGGGCAACCGCUGUCCCGUGGUUUAAUAAAGCUGCUCCGCGCUCACGGAGUCCGCUUCCGCGUCUGCUUCCGCGUCGGGCCUGGGUGGGGCGGGGCCUGGAGCCGCGCCGCGGCCUGACGUCACCCACACCUCCCUGGGACUGCGUCACUGGUGCGCGCCGCGGGUCAAGGCGCAAUGGCGGCGCUGGGCGGGGACGGGCUGCGCCUGCUGUCGGUGUCGCGGCCGGAGCGGCCGCCUGAGUCGGCAGCGCUGGGCGGCCCGGGCCCCGGGCUGUGUUGCUGGGUGUCAGUGUUCUCCUGCCUCAGCCUCGCCUGCUCCUACGUGGGCAGCCUCUAUGUCUGGAAGAGCGAACUGCCCAGGGACCAUCCCGCCGUCAUCAAGCGGCGCUUCACCAGCGUCCUGGUGGUGUCCAGUCUCUCACCCCUGUGCGUGCUGCUCUGGAGGGAACUCACAGGCAUCCAGCCAGGCACAUCCCUGCUCACCCUGAUGGGCUUCAGGCUGGAGGGCAUUUUCCCAGCGGCGCUGCUGCCCCUGUUGCUGACCAUGAUUCUUUUCCUGGGCCCACUGAUGCAGCUCUCUAUGGAUUGCCCUUGUGACCUGGCAGAUGGGCUGAAGGUUGUCCUGGCCCCGCGCUCCUGGGCCCGCUGCCUCACAGACAUGCGUUGGCUGCGGAACCAAGUGAUCGCCCCCCUGACAGAGGAGCUGGUGUUCCGGGCGUGUAUGCUGCCUAUGUUAGCACCGUGCAUGGGCCUGGGCCCUGCUGUGUUCACCUGCCCGCUCUUUUUUGGAGUUGCCCAUUUUCACCACAUUAUUGAGCAGCUGCGUUUCCGCCAGAGCAGUGUGGGGAGCAUCUUCUUGUCUGCUGCGUUCCAGUUCUCCUACACAGCCGUCUUCGGUGCCUACACUGCUUUCCUCUUCAUCCGCACAGGACACCUGAUUGGGCCAGUUCUCUGCCAUUCCUUCUGCAAUUACAUGGGUUUCCCGGCUGUUUGCGCGGCCUUGGAGCACCCGCAGAGGCGGCCCCUGCUGGCAGGCUAUGCCUUGGGUGUGGGACUCUUCCUGCUUCUGCUCCAGCCCCUCACGGACCCUAAGCUCUACGGCAGCCUUCCCCUUUGUGUGCUUUUGGAGCGGGCAGGGGACUCAGAGGCUCCCCUGUGCUCCUGACCUACGCUCCUGGAUACGAUAUGAACUCUCACCGGCUCCCCAGCCCUCCCCACCAAGGGGUACUGCAGGGGAGGGACUGGCUGGGGUCCCCGAGAUCUCAGGAAUUUUUGUAGGGGAUUGAAGCCAGAGCUAGUUGAAUCCCAGGGACCAAGAGAAAGGAGCAGAUAUCCAAAGGGUGCAGCCCCUUUUGAAAGGGGUGUUUACGAGCAGCUGUGAGUGAGGGGACAAGGGGCAGGUCCCAGGAGCCACACCCUCCCUCCCUCACUUUGGACUGCUGCUUCUCUUAGCUCCUCUGCCUCUGAAAAGCUGCUCGGGGGUUUUUAUUUAUAAAACCUCUCCCCACCCCCACCCCCCAACUUCCUGGGUUUUCUCAUUGUCUUUUUGCAUCAGGACUUUGUAUUGGGAUAUUAAAGAGAUUUAACUUGGGUAACAUGG